UGCGCAGUUGUUUGUUCUACUCUACACAGCUGUAGGAGAAAAUGGCAGCACUCAUGCUAGGACAGCAGGCCCGCCAGUUCAGCACGUCUGUCAUCAGACAAAAACUGGUCAAGGCUCCCAUCACGGUCUACGGGGUGGAGGGACGCUAUGCCACUGCUCUGUUCUCGGCUGCCAGCAAGCAGAACAUUCUGGACCAAGUGGAGCAGGAGCUGGGGAAAGUGUCUUCCCUGAUCAAGGACCCCAAGGUUUCCAGUAUUGUAAUGAAUCCUCAUGUAAAGCGCAGCUUCAAGCAGAAGACCUUCCAGGAUGGUCUUGCAAAGUCCAAGGUUUCCCCCAUCACCUUCAACCUCAUCAAUGUGUUGGCUGAUAAUGGUCGUCUUACUAUAACUGCUGACGUUAUCGCUGCUUAUGGCAAAAUGAUGAGUGCACACCGUGGAGAGGUCUCCUGCACCGUCACCACUGCACAGCCUUUGGAUGCAGCUAGCCUUGCUGACCUGAAAGUAGCUCUCAAGGGCUUUCUUCAGAAGCAUGAAUCUAUCAAGCUGGAAACAAAGCUGGAUUCUACCAUCCUUGGUGGCAUGAUCGUCAGUAUCGGGGACAAAUAUGUGGACAUGUCCACCAAAACAAAGAUUCAGAAGCUCACCAAGCUCAUCAAGGAAACAUAAGUCCUAUGGACUUUCAUACGUUUGGAGAAGUCCAUCGGGGGAAACACUGAAAUGUAUAUUGCUGUCCUGGCACUGCAUUUGCUCCAUAAAUCCAGUGUCUAUACUUAAGUUGAUAUGGAUGUUAAUAAAACAUACAAAAAGUGAA